AUGAGUCUCAAAAUACGAAUUUUCUCUACCCACGUUACGAAAUAUGUCCAGCUUGGUUCGAGUUAUUACAACCAGUGAUGGGCGUUUACUCCCGCGUAUACAUACAUCGAUUAUCUAGGUUUUGAUGUAGAUGAUAUGUGUAUAUACAGGGUGUUUGCAUACAAAGUCUUGGGGAUAUGAUAGGGCAGACCAUUUAGAAUCUUUUAAGCCAAAAAUACCUUAGUUCAAAGUCUUACGGUUUUCGAGUUAUUCGAGAUUUUCGAUUUUAUGGAAAAAAAAUAUGCCUUUUGUUCCUGUUAGGGGAGACCGGGGCUGGUUGUCACAUGGGUUGGUUGUUACAAUGGUUAAAUCUCAGCAGCUCCGCAAAAUGUAUUUGCCUGGCGCGCUACACAUCGUUUCUGCGUCCGCGCAGAACACUUGUAUUCAGUACGAAAGUUGUCUAAAUUUUUCGUUUGCCACAAAAUUUGUGUUUUCAAGACUACAUUUGAUAAUAAAAAGAAC